CAUUUUUUAAAUCUAAUAUCUCUUUUAAUCGGCUUCUGCUUUUCAUUUUAUUCAUGAUAUCACUGCCGUUGAAACAUAAAAUGGCGGAUCAUAUACUGCCUUCGGAGAGUGAAAAAAAACUUGAAUUCGUUUGAAUGUCUGCAGUGUUAAAAUGCCUGUUUUGUGUAUUGAUGUUUUGUAGAAUGAGUGUUCUAAUGAAUUGGUUAAUCAUUUAAUUUCUUGUCUUGCCACACAAACAUUUAACUGUUCGAACAGCGAAAUAAAUAUAGCUUGAAAUACGUAACGCGAGUUAUGCCUCCUGGUAACAGAAAAGAGAAAAAAAAAGACAACAUGGAUGAAGAAACUACAACAGUUAUCACUAUGGAAAGUGAAGACGAACCUGACACAGGGGUGACAUACUUCGUAGACGAAGAAGGCAGGUACUAUUACCAGCCCACUGGGAAUAAUCAGGACCUGGUUCCGCUGCAGACUGAAGCAACGGAAACCACAAAUAAAGACUCGAUUAGCGAUGCUGCUGAAGAUGUGCUGAUGAGCAACGAAUCCGAACAAUACCAGACCGUGACUCUUGUUCCGUCAGAGAACAGCGGCGGUGAAGUCAGCUACGUCCUCGUGGUGCAAGAAGAGACUAAACCUAUCAACCUUGAUAUCAAAGUCGAUCAGGAUGAAGAAAAGGUCUCCGAAGACGUGUAUAACUUUGAAGAGGAGGAGAUUGAGGCCGACGUUACCGACGAAGAAGACGAAAGCGAAGCAAAGAAAGCUCAACCGCAGACGAAGAAGGGAAAGUUCUUACGUCCAUGUUUCACGUGCAAUUUUUGUUCGUAUUCAAGCCACAGGCGAUAUCUGCUUCUUCGCCACAUGAAAUCUCACUCUGAAGAUCGUCCCCAUAAGUGUGGUGUGUGCGAGCGCGGCUUCAAGACAAUUGCAUCGCUUCAGAACCAUCUCAAUAUGCAUAAUGGAGUGAAACCUCAUGUUUGCAAAUUUUGCAACAGCCCCUUUACUACCUCAGGCGAGCUGGUCCGUCAUGUACGCUACAAGCACACACACGAAAAACCUCACAAAUGUACGGAGUGCGACUACGCUUCGGUCGAACUUUCGAAGCUGCGUAGGCACGUGCGUUGUCAUACUGGAGAGAGACCUUACCAGUGUCCACACUGCACGUACGCUUCACCGGACACUUUCAAGCUGAAACGCCAUCUCCGUACUCACACUGGUGAAAAACCGUACAAAUGUGAACACUGCAACAUGUGCUUCACACAAUCAAAUUCUCUUAAAGCUCAUAAGCUUAUUCAUAAUGUGUCUGAAAAGCCGGUCUACGCUUGUGAGUUGUGUCCAACGAAGUGCGGCCGUAAGACUGAUCUUCGGAUUCAUGUGCAGAAACUUCAUACAUCUGACAAGCCUCUCAAGUGCAAACGAUGCGGGAAAACCUUCCCCGACCGUUAUUCCUGCAAAAUGCACAAUAAGACUCACAAUGGCGAGAAAUGUUACAAGUGCGAAUUAUGCCCAUAUGCUUCUACAACACUACGUCACCUCAAAUCUCACAUGCUCAAGCAUACUGAUGAAAAACCUUUUUCUUGUGACCAAUGCGAUCAAUCUUUCAGGCAAAAGCAAUUGCUACGUCGUCAUCAGAACUUGUAUCACAAUCCUCACUAUGUUGCCAAGCCACCAAAGGAGAAAACCCAUUCUUGUCAUGAAUGUAAACGGAAUUUUGCCCACAAAGGCAACUUGAUUCGGCACCUGGCCACACACGAUCCAGAAUCUGGCCACCAAGAAAAGUUGCUUGCUCUGAAAAUGGGACGUGAAAAGAAAAUAAAGUACCUCAAUGGACCAAUAAUCAAAGAUAGUGAAAAUGACGAUCCUGAUGUGAUCCGUCUUGGACUCGGGACGACCGGUCUGAAUUCUAACGAUCUGAAACGAGGCGAGCUGGUAACCGUCGCUGACGGUGAAGGACAGCAGUAUGUGGUGCUCGAGGUUAUACAAAUGGAAGAUGGAUCCGAGCAACAAAUUGCUGUUAUAACCCCUGAUUAUCUUGAAGAGGAAGAUGAAGCAGAAAUGGAAAGUGUAGAUUCUGAUGAUGACAAAUCUUCUAUAGCACAAUCCAGCCAGAAAAGAACCAGGACCAUUAAAGUAGAAAACGAUGUGGAUUCUUGCUUCGGUUUUGAUGAAGAGGACGAAGAUGAGGAGGAGGGUGAAGAUGAAAUCGAAAAUGAGGAAUACAAGGAAGUGGUGCUGCGCAUAGUUUAAAACUAUUUGUUACGGGUCUCCAACAGGCGUUGUGCGAAGCGUGCGCAGGUUUUGGGAUCUGGCGCUAGAGCAGGCUUAGAUCCGAAUACUAUAGUUUAAUUAAAUUUACGUCAAAUUUUGGGUAUGAAGAUAAUCAAUCACCUUUAAUAAUUACAAAAAAAAAAUGUUUACUGAUUUGUUAGUAAUUAAGAACUGUAAGUGAUUUUAAUCCUGAAUGUUUGUUUAUAAUUAAUUAUGUGCAUACUAUCUCAUAGUAUAUAUUUAAAUAUAUUGAACUGUUAGUACUAGUAGGUUAUUAAAGAAAUAUAUAUUAUGCAUGUAUAUUUAUUUAUACAUCUUAUAUUCGCAGAUGUGGUAAGCUUAAUAGGACUUGUAGCAUUUUAAUAGUAAUAGGUUUGUUGUCAUUGGAUAGUGUGUAGAUCUCGAAAAUUAGUCUUGCUGUGUACUUUGAUGUACUUUGUUUUUAUUUAAAAUUAAUAAUAACGUUUUAAAUUUAGAUAUUUGAUUAAAUAAAUGUAUUCAUACUCUUUGUGUAAUAAUAUGGUUUUGCCAUAAAAGUAAGUCGGAACAUUAACCAUAUUCGUCUAAUUAAUUUUGGAAAAGAAGAAAAAUGAAUCAAAUUACUGGUUGUAUAAAAAUGUACGAUAAUAGUGUUAACUAAAUGAAUAGGUGAAGACACAUUACUAAGCAAAUAUUAUUGUAAAAAAAAGAUAAUGUAAGUAAUCUUAUUUAAGAAAUAAGUAAUUAAAACUUUCAUUUAUUACAAUAUGUUUAGUAAUAUACCAAUAAUUAAUUUUCCUAUAAUACUGUUAAGUUUAAAGCUAUUUCAUUUGACACCUUGUUUCUAUGGAUAUAUUCAUGAUCAUAUGAGAAAACUAACUGUACCCGUCCGCUUCGCUGGGCAUUUAAAAUUAACAUUAUUAUUUCUCACCCCCACAAAGAUUCUCAUCAUUAACGCCCUCGCAACUGGUGUAG